ACCACACACAAACGCAACACAAUCCAUUCAGAUAGGCUUCUCUGUGACUCUUCCUCCGUUAAAGCACAAAAAAUUGUCGUACAAAUUACGAAGUUAUGAAUACAGCCAUUCCUUGUGCGGGGAAAUAUCAAUUAUCAUCUCUCUCCAAUUUUUCCAGAACUAUAAAAAUACAGUCCGACACUACUGUAUCAUUCAAUGUUUCUCGCAGAAGAAGCAAUCUUUCCUUGAGAGCAUGUGCAGAGAAGAAGAGCGGACCGCGUGGUUUUUUAACUCUUGAAGAGGCUGGUUUGGUUGAAAUUUCCGGCCUCAGCAGCCAUGAGCGGUUUUUAUGUCGAUUAACGAUAUCGUCGCUGAAUCUACUGAGAGUGAUUUCGGAGCAGGAAGGAUGUUCAAUUGAGGAGCUGAAUGCGGGGAAGAUUUGUGAUUGGUUUGUCAAGGAUAAGCUCAAGAGAGAACAGAAUUUGGACUCUGCUGUUCUCCAAUGGGAUGAUUCCGAAUUCCUAAUGUAAAAAUUUCCUUCCCUUUUCUUUGGUUUAUCUGUUUACCAACAUUACAGUCCCAGAAGUAUUAUUAUUGAAUUAAGAAAGAAUAUUAGGGAACGCAUUUUAGCCCAUUUUGGCUCUCAUCAAAUUAAAA